AUGCAGAGUGGGAGAAGACAAAUCAGGACAAACCUGGAAACAGCCAAGUUGCAAGUGUGCAGAGCCCUCAGGAACCAAGGGCCUCCACUGAUCUCCAACUCUGGCCAAGGGCCCUGGCCUCUCUUUUUGGAGCAUUCUAGUUUUGACUUGAGCUCCAAGUCUACUUUUGCCUCAGCUUGUGAAUCUGUCUUGGAAAAGUCAGGAGAUACCUAGGAACUGAAGGCAAUGAUCUCCUGCAGACUCACCGUUUUGUUACACAGAGGCCCUGGGGCAAUCCCCCAACACCCUAGGAGUCCUCACUAUGCACUGGCAUUAUGCCAGGCAGGUAUUUAACCAGAGGCAGCCUCUACCUCCCAGAGCUGACACUUCAUGGGGAUGUGUACCACCUCUCUUGACAUCACUGCAUCCCAGAUGAAUUUUCUGGGCAGACCCUGCUCACCUCCAGCUCUCCAAAGCUGUCAGUAAGUCAUUCAUGACUCCAACUUCAAUCUCCAUAUAGAAGAUGACAAUAAGAGGACUUUGUCACAGUAUGUUUAAAGAAAUCAUGAGGAUGCAGGUAAAGAGCCAGCAGCAGAGUGCAGCCAUUCCAAUCAACUAGCAUUUGAGGGUUGCUAUCUCCUCCCCCCACCACACACACACAGAGUCAUCUGUGAGACUUACAUCAUCUAA